UGACACAUUGGUGACCAUUUUUAACUCUCCCGCGUAUCUUUACGUUAUUAACUGUGUGGUAGUCAAAUUUCCAGGUUUCCAUCUGUUAUUGUGACUACUGCUAUGUCCAACUCCGCUGCUGAUGGCAUCGAACGCAAACCUGGAACUUUAUCCAAAACUUCAGUCUCAGGUGGAAAAUCUGUACGAAAACGUUCCACCGGUGAUCCACAAGGUGCUGGCGCCGUGGAUGAGGAUGUAUUUCGACAGUCCUUUAUACCGUCCAUGUCAAUCACUGCAUCUUCUCCCAAAGAACUUACGGAGAUCAUAAAUCGUGUAAAAGAUGCACUUUCUGGGAAUCCUGAAGAAUGGGAAAAACGUGUAGAUGCGUUAAAAACAUUACGUGCUAUAGUUGCCAAUGGCGCUCUGCAAUAUGAUGAAUUUAUUCCCUUAUUAAAAACUUUGGAAAAUUCCAUAGAUCUUUCCCUGCGUGAUUUAAGGUCUUCAGUUGUACGAGAAGCAUGUAUAACAGUCGCCUUUUUAUCUCAAGAAAUUCGUAAUCGUUUUGAUCGUUUCGCUGAGAGUGUUUUACAAACAAUUAUUGCGUUAUUAUCUAAUAGCGCUAAAGUUAUGGCAACCAGUGGAGUGGUUGCGAUGCGAUUUAUUUUAGAGAAUACAUGUUCUUCUCGUCUUCUCCCCAUUCUCAUUUCUUCAUUAUCAUCCAAGUCUAAUGUUACCAGAAAAUGCAUUUGUGAAUUCUUAGAAAUCAUUUUCCGAACCUGGCCAUUAAAUAUUCUUGAAAAAAAUCUCUCUGUAUUGCAAGAUGCACUAAGGCGAGGUAUUUCAGAUGCAGAUCAGGAAGCUCGAUUAUUUACUAGACGUUCAUUCCCAUUAUUUGUUGCUAAAUUUCCUGAGCAAGCGAAUUUAUUUUUACAAAAUCUUGAUCCUCAAAAACGUAAACUAAUUGAAAAAGAUUUGAUCGCUGCAGGAUUAUCAGAAGGGUUUGGUGCCGGUGAUACUGCGACAACUGGAUCAUCUCGGAGUCAACCUGGUAGUCAGUCAAAUUUAACUUACCAAAGUACCAGACGACCAACUCGACCUGUAUUAGGCACCAGCUCAUUAGCCAAUAAUACAAAUCGCAGUCGUCCACCAUUAACUAGUCAGAAUGAGUAUAAUACCGUUGGUCGUUCUUUCCGUCAAGGAUCAAUUGCUUCAAAUUACGACGGUCGUCCACGUCAAAUUGGGAGAAAACUUGUGUCACAGUCACAGCCUACAAGUCGUGAAGUUUCACCAUCACGUCUAGCCUAUUUCACUGCCUAUGGUACUACUGCAUCUAAUAAUAAUGAUGGACAAAAAUUACAAUUCAAUACAACUAAUACUAACCGUAAUGGUACAAUAGGAUUUGUAGAUAAUAAUAAUAAUACUACAGAUCGUACUACACGUUUAAUAAUGAAUUCACGUGUUCCACGUAGUCAAGGCGCUAGUCGAGAAACAUCACCGACAAGAUCUACUGCAAGCGGUUAUACUAUGCCUUCAUAUCAGCAUAAUAAUAAUUUUCAAUUAACUGGUACAAAUCAAAUUGGACAGAUGAAUUAUCGGAGACAACAACAGCAAAGACCAUCUCUUGGUACUUUAAGUGAUUGCGCUGACCUCGGCGAUGGACCUUUAUAUGGUCGACAUUACUCAACUGGAAACAGUCGUGGUCCAUAUGGCUCAGAUGAUAACUUCAGUGAAACAUCAUCACAGUGUUCUGAACGUUCAGGUCGUUCAGUACCCGGGUACAGGCGCCAGUCCUCAAGUAAAGUGACUAGUAAUUUAAAAGAAAUCAUUUCUCAACUUCAAGCUGUUCAAUGGUCUGACAGAAAAGACGGCUUAACAAAUUUACAGAAUUAUAUGCGUUCCGGUUAUCCGUUAAAUCCUGAAGAUAUUCACUGCUUAACUGAAAUAUUUUCUAAAAUGUUUGCGGAUUCUCAAAGUAAAGUUGUUAGUUUAUUUAUGGAUACAUUACAAUUCUUUAUUAAAGAAUAUAAUCCAUUACUUCGUGAUUGGCUUUACACUCUACUAAUACGUUUGUUGUAUCGUCAAAGUCACGAGGCUUUGAGCAGUCAUCAGAAAGCAAUACAAGAAACACUUUUUGUUCUCAGAUCUCACUUUCCUUUGAAUUCGCAAUUCAGUAGUUGCUGUCAUUUUAUUAUGGAUAAUGCACAUACACCAAAUUUUCGUGUUAAAACUUGUCUAUUAGAAUAUAUGAAAGAUCUAAUUUUAAUGAUGAGUCCAGAUUUGAUUGCUAAUCCAUCAAAUGAAGUUAUUAAUGCAAUUGGAAAAAUUAUCAGUUGGUCUGCUGAACCAAAAUCAGCCGAUGUUCGACGAAUGGCUUCCCGUGUUGUUAUCAAAUUGUUCGAUUUGAAUUCCACAAGUUUCUCUAACUUAUUACAAUCACUGCCUCGUGGAGUACAAGAUCGUGCACAUGAAGUAUUAAAAACCUAUCAAAAGACUGCUACAGGUGGUGGUCUAAUCAAUUUAACCGACACUAAUCACAAUUCUCCUUCAUGGAAAUCAUCAUCUGCUGAUCAAGAUCAUAUGAUUUUUUCACCACCAAGUAGUGGACGAUAUGGGUCAAUCUCUGGACCAUAUUAUUCUUCACAACGUUCUCAUAACUCUACUGGCAGUGACAGUGGUCGAGUAAGCCCUGAAAGUAUGAAUCGUAUUAUUCGUGAAACAACCGAUGGCCUUCAAUCACUUUCAGUUGGUGCGAGUGGGGGUGGUAUUCCAACGUCAGCGAUAACAAGUCCAACACGCAGAGUAUCUGCUGAUCCCAGCUUUACAACUAACGAUUAUACAUAUGCUACAAAUGGUAAUACAGGUGUAUUACGUACUGUUCAACCAAAUAAUUUCCUUAAUUCACAACCAACAUCAUUACAGCCACCUAAUAUUAUUCCAUCUAAUGUAAAUCAAUGUUAUGCUUCCUCACAAGGUACUACUGCUUCUAAUGAUCCAACACUGCAGUCCACAUAUGGGUUACGUACAAAUAAAGCUCUUUUAAAUACACUCAUCAAUUAUGAUCCUGGUGAUGGACCAAAAUUAAAAAAACCUGUAAUUGGUUAUCAGACGUUAAAAAAAAUACGCGAAAUGCCCCCAGAAGAUAUCAUGUCUGAAAUACUCCAGGAAUUAUCGAAUCACAAUGAACGCUAUGAACAAAGAAAGACAUGUAUGUUAAAACUUAUCAAAUUAUUACGUGAUGGUGUUAUCAGUAAUUGGGAUGAAUAUUUCAAGCCAACUUUGUUAAUUCUCCUAGAGACAUUAGGUGAUGAUGGACAUGAAACAAGAGCACUUGCACUUCGUGUACUUCAAGAAUUAGUACGAGCUAAACCGGAAUUAUUUCAUGAUUUCGCUUAUUUAUUUGUUAUUAAAGUACUUGAAGCCUGUCGAGAUAGUGAAAAAUCUGUUAUUCGAGCUGCAGAAGAUUGCGCCAAUACAGUAGCACAAAAUCUUCCACAAGAAUUAUGUCUCAAUGUAUUGACACCGUUAAUAAAUGAUUCACAACUACACAUUAAUUUACCAGCAAUUAAAAUGCAAAUGCAAGUUAUACAAAAUUCUUCGCCGGAAUUAGUACAUGAAUUUAUUAAUGCAUUAAUUCCUGGACUUGUAAUUGCUUGUAAUCAUGAAGAGAGUGCCAUUCGUAAGGCCAGUGUGUUUUGUCUAGUUGCAAUAGCUAUGAAACUUGGUGAUGAUAUCUGGAGUUAUUUAACUGAAUUAAACGCUGGCAAAAAACGCCUUUUGAAACUCUAUAUUGACCGUCAACAAAGUUCAGCCACAUCUGAAGAUUCAAUUACAACCAGAAGUUGAUCCACUCAUCAUUCAUUAUUGUUUGUUAAAAAAGUAAUCCCAAUUAUCGAUCAUAUAUAUAUAUAUAUAUAUAUAUAUAUACAUAUGUACCAAUCAUCUGUAUGAAACCAAUUCUUUGACUCUUCCUCCCUCUCUUAUUUCUCGUCAUUACCAUCUACUGUCGUCGUGAUCAUGGUGAUGAUGUCAGACGUUUCUACUAAUCAAUAUCAUAAGAAUUUGUCUAUUUCCUUUUACACAUUUGCAAAUAACAAAAGAAAACCAUUUUCUCAUCAACUUCUUCCUCCCAUAGUAAGAAAUGCAUACAAAUGAAAUAUAAAGAGUGGCAUUUUAUUUGAAGAUUACAUAAUACUUACGCUAUUUGCUUCCCAUCUAAUUCACUGUUGUUAAAUUAAGUUAAUUAGUGAAUCAAUUUUUGUCAUGUUUGUUUUUCUCACAUCAUUUUAGUCAGAUUUUCAUUUUUACUUGUCUUGUUGGGCGGUUUUUCUCUGUUUUUGUUUUAAUUCCAUGAACAACAUCGAAAUGUUGUGUUCUGUUGUUGUUGUUGUUACUACUACUACUACCAAUAUAUGAUUUCUUUUUGUCUACCACACUAUUCUAACAACCCGGUCGAAUCAAUUAAUGGUCAACAAAUUAUUUAUAUAAAUGCAAAAUGAUUGAAUGUAAGAAGCUAACUGUUUACUUCUUACUGCUUCUCCAUCAACACACACAUACACAUAACAAUGAGAGAGAGAGAGAGAGUAUAUGUUUCGAGAGAUUAAGACUGGCAUACUACUCUUUAAUACAUCAAUUGACUGUUCUAGUUAACCGAACAAAAAAUCAGAUUUUUAGCGUUGAAUUAUGUAAUAUCUAAUUUAUUGUGGUUUAACAUCUCGGUUUUUAUUCUGCUUUGAGUGAAUACACAAUAUAUCUAAACGUAAUUAGAUACUUCAAAAGUGUACACUUGUUACUCUCUCUCUCUCCCGCAUAUCCUUCAUGUGCCUCUUUUCUCCAGAAAAAUAAUAGUCAAAUGUGUAAUUUAUUUCCUCUAACACAUGUAAACAUGUUCAUUUGAUUGUUUUCAUUAUUUCUCUUUGCAUACACAAAUUGAGCCUUCUUUUUCAUGUUUCUAUUUUGAACUAAUUCUGCGUAUACAUACACACUAUUCUCCACUACUACUAGUACCUCGCAUAUAUCACAUAAAAUGUUCUGUUUUUCUAAAAUAAGUAUUUUAUUUUGUGAAUAGUAAUAUAUAUAUAUAUAUAUAAAUUACUAACUUUUACUUCCUCUCCUCUCAUUAUUAGCAUCCCUUUUUUUUAUUACAAUAAAAUAAUCUAAUAGUCCUACUUUGAACCAACACCUUCAUUAUCUUUGCUCUUCCUUUACUCUUCUUCAUUUUGAAUGAGUGAACAAUUUUAGCUUUCAGGUUAUCAAUUACCUCUUAUUUGAUUCUUAUCCAAAACACAAAUAUUCUGAAAAAAAUUAAUUUCUUUCAUUAUAGAAAAAAACAUACUGUUCGAGGUCAAAAAAAAGCAACCUAGCGGUACUUCAUCCUUGAACUACAUACACACAUUGUUUCUAUUUCACAUUUGAUUUUUCUAAUGUUUCGUUUUGUCUGUAACGAAAGUAAACGAAAUAGAUUUAUCAUUUUGUGUAUGUAUGUAUUUUUUGAUUAAAGACUCUCUCUCUCUCUCUUCCUACCCUCCACUUUUUCCGACAUUCAUCUAGUUUUUUUCUUUUUGUCCAUUUGUUGUGUGUAUCCUACUGGAUACCAUGGUUUAAUGCUUAUAUUGAAUGUAUGUAUAUGUCAAAGAGUUUUCUUUCUUUCUUGCUUAUCGUGUAAGUGAUUAUGAAGGGAAAGAUGAGAAGUGUCGUGGUGUUGUUGUCUGUACUCAGAGAGAGAGAGAGAGAGAGAAACAGAGAGUAUUAGCAAAAUAAAGCACGCUUUUUUAGAUCAUUACAUUCAUCCUUAUAUACACCGCGAUAUGUUGUUGUGUUUUCUUCGAGCAAUCAGAGUAGGCUGUAUGUGUGUGUACGGGAGAUUGUGUUUUUAUACUGACUACUGUUUCCAAUGUUUUAUGUUGUAUGGAUAAAUGUGUAUGUACAGAAACUGUUUUCACAUUUUGCUCUCCUUUUCCUCAGCUUCUAGAGAGUUUGUUUACAUUGUUUCUAUCUCUUCUGUGUACGGUUUAAUCAUCGGUAUUUCAGUUGACCAUAAAUAAUUUGUGAUAAUAAUUAUUAAUAAUAAUAUUAUUAUUGGUAAAUAUUUUCGUUCUUUGAUAAAUAACGAUACAUAUUUAUACCAAGUACAGGUUUUUUUAUAUAAAAUUUUAUGCUUCACAGCUAAUGAUACUAGGUAUACUAAUAUCAACUUGAUCGUUGUACAAUAUAAUAUAAUAAUAAUAACUGUGAUAUUAUUAUGACAUUGGACUCAGUCUUAUAGAAAGCAUCAGUUCUCCGAAGAUUUUAGGUACAUCUUAUUAUGGCAACUAGUGGUAUGAAUGCAACUUAAAUUCGACGGGCACUAAGAAUUAGCCAACUAUGAAACUGUUAGUAGUAAUCAAAUCUUCAUUAGUAAUUAACUUCAAAAAAAAAUUCUCGUAACCAAAUGGAGUAUAACCAUGUCAGGUGUAGGUCAAGUACCACCACUGGCAAUGGAUGAUAGUUCCGCUAUAUUACAAAUUGACUAAGAUUGAAAUUGUGGACUGUCAAAUCCAAACUCAUUAAUUCAAAUUUUAAGUACUAACGAAAAUUGAAAUUUUUCAAUCGAUUACCGACGGGAUCGUAGAUGGGCACUGUUGAUGGAACAGUUAUCCAGUUCUUAAUUUCCAGGGAUUCUUUAACUUAAGUCAAUCCAUUAUUUAAUCUUCCUAAAUAAAAUAUUCGGCAAAGAGAUUCUGCUACUUUUACGAAAGGGGCUGCAUGGAACCAGGUAAUGUUAGAAUCGCUUCACUUCGAUGAUCAUAGCAAACUUAUCAUCCCUAAUCUACUAAUUAUUAUACUUAUACAGCGGCUCGUCUUUGGUGGAAAUUCGACUGUAUCUAAACGUUCUCGAGUCACUGUCCGGUUGAAAAUUGUAUGUUACCACCGAAUACGAGAACUGAAGCAGUUUUUCUGAAACCACGUGCACCAUUCAAACUGGCUGCCUUCAACGUUCGCACACUUAUGCAGGUCGGACAACAGAUAGGGCUGGCUAUGUCUUUGGAAAGUCUUAAUAUCGACGUUAGUUGUCUAUCCGAGGCCCGUAUUCAAGACUCUGGUGAAGUACUACAAAUUCGCUCUCCAUCUGUCACUUCAAAAAGCUUGUUUUACGUGCGCUUAUCCGCGGACCCUGUGGCAUCUUCGUCAGGUCUUGCUGGCGUUGGUGUCGCACUGAACGCUAGAGCUGAGGCAGCACUAAUUAACAGUCGGUUAUGUGCUGUUAGAUUAGAAAGUUCCAUCAAAGUGAGAAGAAAUCGGCGUGAGAAACGAUGUCUUUUCGUCAUCGCCUAUGCUCCGACACAUUGCAGCCCGGAUGCAAUCAAGGAUGAGUUUUACCACCAGUUAUCUGUUCUUCUUCUAUCUGGACUCUGACCAUGCCUUGGUCUGCGCCAAUCUUGCCUUACUUUUCAGUGGACAACGAAGUGACCGCCACCAACGGAUUGAUGUUAGCAAGCUGGUUGCCACUUCUUUUGCAAGUAUCGAAUCGAGCUAGUUUCUAGGCUAGCUACCAUUCCACUGAAAAGUAUAGAUGAGCAUUGGUUGCAAUUGCAUGACGCCAUGAAAAUGGCGGGUACAGUCAGUUGUGGGUUCGCGAAACGUCCCGCUUAUAAGCACUGGGUUUCUGCAGGCUCCUUACAACUAAUCGAAGCCCGUCGGUCUACUCCGAGUGACCGUGAGUUUGACCACAAACGAAGGAUGUUACGCAAGGAAAUUGGGCAAAGCUUGCGUAAGGACCGAGAAGCCUGGUGGUCGAAGCGUGCUAAUGAGCUGGAAGCAGCAGCUGCAUCUGGUAAUUACCGGAAGCUCUUCCAACUCAUACGAGCCACCGGCAGCGAGAAGUCUGGUGUGAGUGAAACAAUCUGCGAGGAUGAUGGGAUGCCAAUCACUAACAUCCAUCGACGUCUUGGACGAUCGGCAGAAUUUUUCGAAGGGCAGUUCAACUGGCCUGCUGCUCCGGCAACAUCGGUCAGACUGUCCUGCCCUCCAUGGCCGGUGACGACUGAUCCACCAAAUGAGGAGGAAGUCCGCAAGGAACUCCAACUCUUGAAGCGAUACAAAUCACCUGGCCCAGAUGACGUACCUCCGGCCCUUAUUAAAGAUGAUGGUGACUUUCUGACUAAGGAACUAACGACGAUGUUUACAAAAGUUUAGGAGCUAGAGAGUGUACCAACGUCAUGGAAUGAGUCGAUAGUUGUCCCUAUCUUUAAUAAGGGUUCACGUCGUUCCUGUAACAACUAUCGGGGGAUAAGUCUACUUCCGAUUGCGUCCAAGCUAUUGGCUUCCGUCAUACUUCGUAGGUUGUUCAAAACCCGAGAAAGAUUGACUCACGAGGAGCGGACUGGUCUUCGUUCUGGUCGAGGAUGUAUUGAUCAUAUAUUCACCCUCCGCCAAAUGUUAGAACACCGCCAUACUUAUCAAAGGCCAACAAUCGCAGUGUUUCUUGACAUUAGGGCUGCCUUUGAUUCGUUGGACAGGGCUGUUCUCUGGGAUUGUCUAUUGAAGAAGGAUGUGCCUGAGAAGUUUAUUAACAUCCUAAAAGCCCUAUAUACAAACACCUCAGGCAGAGUGAGGGCAUACAACCACCUCACUCCAUUGUUCCAUUCGAGCAGUGGGGUUAGGCAGGGUUGCCCAAUCUCACCAUUCCUCUUCAACUUUGCCAUCGAUGACAUUCUGGAAACAGCUCUGAUGGAUGUAAGUAAUGGUGGUGUGGAUCUGUUGCCUGGAGAAAGACUUCUCGACCUUGAAUAUGCGGACGAUAUUGUCUUACUGUGCGAUAAUGCCCAAGGCAUGCAAUCCACACUUAAUCAGUUGGCAAUCAGUGUCCGUAGGUAUGGUAUGUGCUUUGCACCUUCGAAGUGCAAAGUACUUCUACAAGACUGGCAGGAUUCUAAUCCUGUGCUCACUCUGGAUGGUGAGCAGAUAGAAGUAGUCGAGAAGUUCGUGUACCUAGGUAGCUGCAUAAGUGCUGGUGGAGGUGUGAGUGAUGAGAUCAAUGCACGUAUAGUGAAAGCCAGAGCGGCUUAUACCAAUCUGGGUCACCUUUGGCGCCUUCGUGAUGUUAGUCUGGCUGUAAAAGGUCGGAUCUACAACGGCGUCGGUGAGAGCAGUUUUGCUCUAUGUUUGUGAAACCUGGCCUCUCCGAGUUGAGGAUGUUAGACGACUCUGUGUUCGAUCAUCGCUAUCUCCGAAGGAUUGCUGACAUACAGUGGCAACACCAUGUCAGUAAUGCAGAGGUUCGGCAUCGUGUGUUCGGGCACAGAGAUGAUAAUUCAAUUGGUGUCACCAUCUUGAAACACCGACUUCGGUGGCUUGGACAUGUUCUCCGAAUGUCGUCCCAGAGAAUUCUACGUCGUGCAUUAUUUGCCGACUCUGAUACUGGUUGGAAGAAGCGGAGAGGUGGUCGGUGCAUGAAAUGGUGGCGUGGUAUGAAAGCUGCAAAGGACUGGCUUCUGUUGGUCCUUCACGACUCCCUGGUUGGGGUCUGAGAGAUGGUGCUACACAGUGGCUAGAGACGUUAUCAGAUAUGGCUAAGAAUAGAAGCCAGUGGCAAUCCUGCUGUAACCUUCUCUUACUUUCUUCAUAAAAAGUGGUUGUGUCUCCCUUAACUGAAAGGUUUCUUCUUAUUGUACCUUUCCGUUCCCUCAUUAUUACUAUUAUUAUUACUACACUACCUUACACCAACCUCUUCGUUAUUAUUCUCUUUUUUUCACGCUCCUUACCUUUUUUUCUUUCUCUUCGAAUUCUCAUUGUUUUGUGUGGCGCAUAUAUAUUGGCGCUCUCUUGUACCAAUAUUCAUAUGUUCAAAUAAAUAAAUGACAAGUUCAAUUAUUUCUUUGUUCCAGGUCAGUUUAUCUUUAAAAAAACAUUUCAUUGUUAAUUUUGCCACCAUCCUCUUAGUUGUUACCAAAUAAAUGAAUUUCAGAAGCUUGUAGAGGCUAAUUUCCCUUAUAUCUGACUACAUCCCAUUGACUGAGUAUUUAAUGCCGACUAAAUCUCCUAACAGAAGUAUGGAUUUACUUAAGAUUUAUUCAAAAGCCUAAACACCAGUUAUAGAGAUAGUCUGUAAUAUUACAACCAAUGGGAGGAUAAUUGACGCGGUUCGGAUAGCUCAGCGGUAACGUCUCUGACUGUGAAGCUGGGUGGCACGAGAUUGAACCCGCCAGGGAGCACCAGUUCCCUCAAGAUUACAGGUACACCUUGCUGACUAGUGCCAAGUAGCACGAAACCCGGGUCCAGGGUUUCCUGUCGACUACCUCCAAUUACCAUCUAAAUGAUUGACAUAUUCUCAAUCAGACUCACACAGAAAAUUACAUAGUGGAUUAAGUGCCUAAAUUACAGUAAGCAGAUAAAUAAUACAAUAGUGGAAUGGGUUUCCCACAAGUUUACAUCAAUAAUUUCCACUAUAUUCAAUAAUAAUUUAUAUGUUACACGUUCUGUUAUACUGAAAAUGUAUCAACUAAUCUUUUCACAUAAUUUGUAUUAAUUGUUAUUAAAAUAUUGACUGUGUGAAGUAUUCAAAUCGGAACAAAUAUGAAAUAAUUUCACAUUCCAUUACCUAGUCACCAAUCACUAAUUUCAAGGUAAAUUUCUAAAUAAAACCAUUUUGGUAGUUUGAUAACUCAUAGUACUGUAACGAAGAUCUUAAACCAGUAAUUGGAUUAUUAAUUUUAAAGAAAAAUUGUGUAAGUUCGUAAAUUCAGCCGUGACCAGUGGAGCUAAUCCGUGUCGGGUAGAAAAAAGUGUCUACCUCAGUACAUUGGGAGAUGGUCGCGCAAUUUCGUGGAUUGGUUGAUGUUGGACACUAAAACCAUUGGAUGCCGGCUCAGUAGUCUGGUCUCGCGCGCGAGACUGAAGGCCCUGUGUUGGAAUCUCGCGAGCGGAAUCGUGGAUGCACACUGCUGAGGAGUCCCACAAUAGGACGAAACGGCCAUCCAGUGCUUCCAGGUUUUCAAUGAUGUUCUAAUAUCAAUCGAUUCAUGAUCUCAUUCAAAAAUCUUUUUUUGUUUAACCAUUCUACAUCUAUUUGAUUCAAGUUUACACUUAUC